AUGCCUCCUCGUCGCGCCUGCGACGUCUGCUACAAGCGAAAGAUCCAAUGCUUGAUCAGAUCCCCGGGAGGCACUUGCGAUUGGUGCAAGAGUCAGGGUCUAACUUGCACCUUUGACAGGGUCAUCCACAAAGACCCAAACAAGAGGACAACAACCGAUAUUGUGCAGGAAUUGUCCCAGCGGGUCGAGCAGCUUGAAGAGGCUAUUCGGUCUGCCUCGUCUGUGAAUACCCCUGUUGGCGCCUCGACGUGGGAAAGGACAUUCCCUGAGACGUCAAGACAGAUUCCCUAUUAUACAACAUUUACUCCCACAGAUCCAGGGCAGCAGGUCGGCGAGGAAAUCCGGACUGUUCGGGCGAAUCUCGCAUCCGAAACGCCUGCACCUGCCUACAGGCUGUCGAGAUGUCAGCUCGGGAAUAACUGGUAUUUCAAGGGCGUGGGGAUAUUUUCGUCCCGUGGCCGUCAGUGGAUAUAUGAAGGGACAGGGCAGCGGUCAUUUCUGGAGAACUUUGACAUCUUUGGGAAUCCUACUGGAACUGUACCAUGUCUUGCCCCUUGGCCUGUGUCGGAGCGAGAGAGACAGCUUCCUCCUGAGCCUGCUUGCCGGUAUCUCUUUGGUGCUUUCUUAAGGUCAAAGACUUCGAUUGUAUUUCCUAUCCUGGAUAGGGCGCUCUUUGAGGGGACCAUUUUCAAAGCAUAUGACGUGAAGUCCGACCUGGGGACUCGGUCAUCAGCACAGGCGUGUCUUUGGGCCAUGCUCGCCCUGGUCGCACGCACCGAAGAAUCUCAGCAGUUCGACUCUUUUCCGGAAGCAGACUGUAUUCAUGAGUCAAAGCGUCUUUUGACCGUCGUCAAUGGUGCGGUGAAUUUGGACAGCCUACAGGCCACCCUUCUACUGUGGGCAUAUCAGAAAAUGAAAGGAAAAUGCCGAGAAGCCUCGAUAGCCUUCACCAACGCCUGUCGCAUGGUAUGCGACCUCGGCGGCCACAUCCUCCUGUCCGGGCUCGUUAUUGUCCCCCAGCACAUUCCCACCUUCGACGAACAAUCCAGGCUCCAUAUCCGACGGCUCUUCUGGCUAUGCUACAGCUUCGACAAGGACGCCUCCCUGCGCACCGACAACACACCACUCCUAACCUCGGAUUACUGCGACGUAAGUCACCCGGACGAAUACAGCCCCCAGGCAACUUGGUACAAUCAACCGCGAGACACAAACCUCGCGAAGAUCAAAGAAAACGCCAGCCGACUCCUCUGCUCGCCACGCGCAUUCAAGUACACCGAAGGCGAGCUCCUCGCCCAUGUCCGCCAGCUCGACGACGAACUCGAGGAAUGGAGAAUAUCCACCGAUCCGCCCUACCGUCCCAGACUCUCCAUUCCACCCGCAGACUACUCCCUCUCUCUCCCAUCAAGCAUGAGCCCCGAAGACCGCACGCGCCUCAUAAACCUGCAGCUCGACUACCUCUCCACCAUGAUAAACAUCCACACCCUCGUGCGCAAAUGCGGCGAUGUAGAGCGCAAUCUCCCAGACGACCUCCACAGCGUCGUACACUCGAGCGCCGACCUCUCCAUCGAAGCCAGCCGGUCCAUCUUCCGCUUCCUAGAUACAGUUGUUGACUUCUGGAAGGAGGAUUCGGUCUGGGUAGUCUCGCAUUAUGGGCCUAUGGCUGCGAUGCCGCUGUUUAUUAACAUCCUGAUUCACCCGCUCGGACAGCCGGCGGAUAGCGACCUGUUGAUUUUGUCGGAGAUUGGGAAUAUCACGCGCAAGAUCCCGACGGAGAAGUUGUGCGCUGAGGAGAUUGGGCAUAUUCAGGAGAUUUGCGAGUUUGUGAUGCAGCUUGUGCAGCUGGGGCAUAGUGCGGCGUGGAAGGCGAAGAAGGGAGAGAGAGAGCAUGAUCUGGAUAUUAUACAUCAUCCGUAG